GGGUAAUCCGAGAGAGUCUCUUCGUCCCCGACGCUGAGAGCAGAGGCGAGGAGAGGGAAGUGAGGGCGUGCACGGCGAGCAAGAGAAGAAGACGCCGGAUAUACGAGGCUCAGGUUGCCUUCUUCGGGCUUCCAGCUGGUGAUCUCUCAGAGAUCGGAUCGCCCUCAUCAUGUUCUCGUGGUUUGGCCUCUGGAGAUCCAGGAACCGCUUCUCGCUAGACGAGCUCCAAUAUCUAACAGAUCAGUUGCAAAGGGUUCAAUAUGUGAAUGAUGCUAACAAGGAUUCUGUUAUCGAAGUGUUGAGAUCUCUUGCUGAACUGGUAACUUAUGGUGAUCAACAUGAUCCAUCAAUAUUUGAGUUCUUCAUGGAGAAGCAGAUUUUGGGUGAAUUUGCACGAAUAUUGCGGAUUAGUAAGAUGGCAAAGGUUGCAAUUCAGUUGUUACAGACUAUCAGCAUUAUGAUACAGAAUUUAGAAAGUGAACCUUCAAUCUGUAAGUUCAUUUAUAACAUGUUGUCAACAUGUCAGAGCAUUACUAAUUAUCACCUUUUGGUCUUUUUCAUGAUUUUCACUUCCCUUGCAGAUUACAUUUUCAGUAACGAACUCAUUAGUUACCUCAUCACAUAUUCCUUUGAUUUUCAAAAUGAUGAACUAUUGUCUUACUACAUAUCCUUCAUAAGGGCAAUCAGUGGGAAGUUGAACAGGAGUGCAAUCUCAUUGCUUGUGAAGAUUAAAAAUGAAGAAAUUGUUUCGUUUCCACUUUAUGUCGAGGCCAUACGGUUCGCCUUCCAUGAUGAAAAUAUGAUUCGAAUUGCUGUUCAUGCUUUAACACUGAAUGUCUAUCAUGUUGGAGAUGAAUAUGUGAAUAAAUUCCUAGUACGCAGCCCACAAUCUGAUUAUUUUUCCAGUAUUGUGAGACACUUUUUAAAGCGAUGUAUUAACUUGGAUGAGAUUAUAGUUCAAGCUUCUAGGAAGCUAGAUGCAUCUGAUUCAAGUUCUUCAAUUCUCAAUGCUGUAGAUGAUAUUGAAGACGAUCUUUAUUAUUUUAGUGAUGUUAUAUCUUCAGGAGUUCCUGAUCUUGGAAGAUUGCUUACUGAUAAUAUAUUGCAGCUUUUAGUUUUUCCUUUUCUUCUGCCCUCUUUAAGAAAGCAAAAUUCUGGCACAAGAAUUCGCAUUGCAACCUCCUUACAUCUACUUUGCAGUAUAUUACACAUUUUUAAGACCAAGGAUCUGGCCACUACUAUUGCUGCAGCUUUUUUCUGCCCUAUAGAGGCUUUUGUCACAGUAUCUGAAGCCACAAUAAAUGGCAGUGAUACUGAUCAAUAUGUUCCUCAGGAUUCACGAGAGCUUGGUGCUUGUCAUUGGGCUGCUCAAGUGGAUAUAGAAAAUUCAGAAUCUCCUCCUAAUUCAAGUCAAUCUUCUUCAGCAAUCGAAAAUUCUGGUUCAUAUUUUACAUUGAGGGAGCUAUUGCUAUCAUAUAUAAUUCAUGGGGAUGAGUUGCAAGUUUUGGGCUCAUUAUGUCUUCUGGCUACCUUGCUGCAAACAAAAGAAUUAGAUGAAUCAGUGCUGGAUGGGCUUGGAAUUCUUCCUCAAAGAAAGCAACACAAGAAGCUGCUGCUUCAAGCUUUGGUUGGUGAAGACAAUGGGGAGGAGCAAUUGUUUUCUUCAACCUGCAUGCCAAAAGAUAAUAGGAGCACUGAACUUGAGAGUUUCCUGCUAAAACUUGAGGAUGAGUAUGGGUAUCAUGCCAAAUGCAACGUAAACCCCAAAAUGCAUAGAUAUCAGGUACUUGAUGCAUUAGUAAGUCUUUUCUUCCGGUCCAAUAUAUCUGCAGAGAUAUUAUGGCUUGGUGGUUGGCUCUUAAGGCAGCUUAUUCCUCAUGGUGAGGGAGAAUUUGCUUCUUCUCAUCUUAGCAGACUCAAGGAUUCAUACAAGUUGUAUACAAGCAAUCUUUUUGAGGAAGUUAAGGGAGCUUGGUGCGAUGCACUCAUAUCUGUCCUUCAAGACACAUGGAAAAUAUGCAAACGAGUACUUGAAGCUUCCUCUCCCCCAAAAGACUCCAAAUUCAUACUCUUGCCAUCACAAGGAUGUUCUUCUGGAGGUGAAUCCUCUCUUGGUGCUGCUGAAAGAAUGUGCAAGAUGGUCAAGGUUUUUGUUCUUCUACGCCAACUUCUUGUUUUCUCGCUAGGUGGAACCUUACCUGAUCUACCCAAUAUACAAUCUCCACUCGUUUCUCUAGAAAUAUCCAGAGCCAAAACUUCAGGUUUAGAUGCUGUAGUACCAAAACCUGGUUCUGAAAUUUGCCUAGUUGAUGCAAUACCUUGCAGAAUAGCAUUUGAGAGAGGCAAAGAGCGUCACUUCUGCUUCUUAGCGAUAUCUAGAGGAACAUCUGGGUGGAUUCUUCUUGCCCAAGAAUCACCUAUCAGGCAGCAAGGUGGCAUUAUUCGUGUCGCAGCACCGUUGCCCAGUUCAGAUCCAAAAAUCGACGAAAAACAUCCAAAGUGGUUGCAUUUGCGCAUCCGACCUUCCACUUUGCCAUUUUUGGAUCCUGCAAGAUCUGAGUCUUUCAACAAGGGGAAAACAAAAAAUUUGAUCGACGGACGAUGGACACUAGCAUUUAACGAUGAGGAAGCUUGCAAAGCUGCGGUGGCAAUGCUCGUGGAGGAGAUAAAUUUGCAACGAAGCGAGGUGGAAAGAAGGUUGAUUCGUUUGCUCAAUGCGGAUACAACAAUCGACUGAAGGCGCGAAACCAUUCUAUGCACUCGCCAACUCGGUGCUCAGUUUCUUUUUUACUAGACUGCACUGAAGCAAUCAUAAGCCGCUUCUUCGACCCGUAGAGUUCGAGCCAUUUGAUGCGAUUCUUUGUAAAUUAUUCCGUGAGUUUCACUUUCAAUUCUGUAGUCCACAUGUUCUUACAUAUCCAUUGUAAAAACAAAUCCUUACAGGGAAGCCAGUCGUUGUAUUUA